AUGCCAGGUUGGAGCCCCAGGCUGCCUGUGCCUAGAGACACAUCUUCAGUCGCUAUGCCGACCCAAGCAGGGCUGUGGCCGGCGCUGUUGCCUGGCCAAGCUUGGAGACUGUCCGCCAGGGAUGCUCAUAGGGUGACGCUUGGCAGCGGAGGCAGCGUUGCUAGCCGCGGCGUGCAUUGCCGGGCACGCCCUCAAACCCAAACUGCGAUCCAGUCGCCCGUCGCCCCCGAACAAGAGAGGUUACUGCAGUAUAGCCGACAGCACGAUGCAUCAUCUUCUAAUCCUGAAGAUCCGCCGCACAUGCGCGGCGGCAGCAGCGGCUUCCGCAUGCGUUCCGCGUGGAUUGGCAGCACAGAUCGCAGGCGCGGACGCGGAGCCUCUGCUGCAAGGCCCCUCCCAGUAGCGCUGUCCGACGAACGCAUUGUGCCGCUGAUGCGCAAAGCUGAGCGCGACGUGCUGCCCGGCGAUGACCCCAACACCCCAUGGCGCCGCCUCGCCUACCAGCUCCGCCUCGCCCCCUCUUUGAGCGACCUGCUGGCCAUCUACCGGGCCAACCGGGAGAGCCCAGUCUGGAGGCCGCACAUGACGGCACUGGUAUUAAACCGCAUAGGCGCGCUGCUGUACCCUAAGGCCGUGGCCGCGGCUGCAUCCACGGCACAGGGAGAUGGCCGAACCGACGGCGUCGGACGCUUCCCGCCGCCUCAACUUAAACGUGACGCUGUGUCCCUGUUCGAGUCGUUAUCGGGCAGGGUGACCAAACGGGCUGUGCGGCAGGUGCAAGGAAUGCACCUGGCCCGGGUUUUGGUGGCAAUGGCAUGGUUGGAGGUAGCGGGGGAGGAGUGUGAGAUGGUAGUGGCGGCUCUAGUGGGGGAGCUGCAGCGCCAGAGAGGCGGCAAGCUGGUGCAGGUGGCAAUGGUGGACCCGGCACUCUUUGGCCGUCUGGUGCGUGCCCUGGCGCAGCUGGUACCACGGGAAAGGGAGUUAUGGGUGGACUUACAGCGCGUGACGCUGGCAGCAUUAAUGGAAGCGCAGGCGGAGGCGCAGGCGCAGGCGCCUGUGGCGGCAGGGUCGAGCAGGUCCGCUGUCGCUGUACCUGCACCGAAGCGCGUAUGGUCAGGUCCUAGCCGAGACGCGGUGAAGGCGGAGGCGGCAGCUUCACCCUUGCCGCCGCCAGAAAAGCCCGAUUGCUCCACUGCGGACCUGGCGAACAUGGCCUUUGGUUUCGCCGCGGCUGGUGCAGCAUCGCCUCAGCUGUUUGCUGCACUGCGCUCGGCAGUGCUGUCUCGUGAGCUGCCAGAUGAUCCGGACACUUUGGCCCGGCUCAUGUGCGCGUGGGGACGUGCGCACAUCCCAGCGGGGCCGCUGCUGUAUAGGGUUCUUGAUGCGUUUGUGCCGCUAGUUGCAACCGCGUCGCCGCGGCCCAUUGGGCGCAUGAUUUGGUCCUUGGCCAUGAUGCGCAUGCGUGACGAGCGCUUCCUCCGUGCCGCUGCUAAGGCGAUCGUGGACAGGCGGCUAGUGUUUUCGUCGCCGCAGGAGCUCGUGAACGUCGUCUGGGCAUAUUCGCAUUUGGGUUGGCAAGUAGAGGAGGGAGCGGAGCCGCGGCGACCUUGGUCCGGCACUGCCACAGCGGAGGAAUUGGCGGCGGAGGGCAGGGAAGGGUCGACACGAGGCAAGCCACGCGGAAUGCUGCGGCAGCCACCUGCUCGCUUGAAGGAGGACGUCGAGGAGGCUGCUGAGGAAGGGGUCGACGGAACCUGGAGUGCGGGUCAGCGGCGUGAACAGAAGGAUGCAGAGCAACGCAGCGUGGACGCUGCAAGGCUUGAAGGGGGAACAGCGGCAUCGACAUCGGCGGCGGCGAGGUACAAUGCAGAUGAGCCCGAGGGAAGGUCCGAAGCCCUGGAACGGUAUCCUGGCAUUCGAGCAGGGGAUGAGGCGGCGGCGUCGGUGGAGGGUUCUGCAGCUCCUAAAGUGCCAGGUGCCCCCGCAGGCAUGCCUGUGCUAAAGCCCUUGCCCUUGACGGCGCCACUGGCAGCACGCGAACAAGCCCGCCAGGCAAUGCUGUUCCAACAGCCCCCCGAGUAUCCGGAACAUUUUGCAUUAUACCGCUACCUGGGCCACAGCUUUAUUCACCGAAAGAUUGGCAGCAACGCCCAUCACGCCAUCUCUAACUCUCAGUUGGCAGUCUUGGUGGGCAGCUUUGCGCGUGCAGGUUACCGGAGCAAGCAGCUGUUUUACACGGCAGCUCGCAUCGCGCUGUUACGGCUGCAGUUCCUCUCCCCCGCUGACCUAACACUGCUGCUGUCGGCACACGCGAGGCUGCGCAUCGCGCACUCGGGUCUAUUUGAGGCGGCUUGCCCUAUUGUAGCGGCACGGUGCUGCGAGUUCACACCCGCUCAGUUGGCAGAUGUGCUGUGGGCGGUUCAAGUUCUCAUGCCGGAAGGCUUUGUGCAGCUGUCAAAUGCAGUCAGGACGCGACGCGGCUGGCUGCCACCGCCAGUGCCGCCGGCAGCUUCAGCUUUGGGAAUGCAGCCGGGGCAGUUGGAUGGCUUGGGUGAAGAAGCAGAAGAGGACGGAGAGGAGCGCGUGGAAGAGACGCGGGGAAGGCGAGGAGUGAUGACGGGCGCCGGCGGAAGGGGAGAAAGGGAAGAUGGGCCGAUGCUGCCGGCGCUGAUGCGGCUACGAGUCCCACGAGAGUUGCUGGAAGAUGUGGAUUGGAUUGAGGCUGAGGAUGGGGGCGAGGAAGUGGAGGAGGGGAGUUCUGCGGCAGAGUUCCGUGAUCGCGACGAUAGCCCGGCGGACUCCUUUUAA